AUGAAUUCCAACACGUAUAAUCACGAUCAAUCAUCCCCACCACAGAUCAUAAGUCAAACUAUUCAACAUCAACAACAUGCGCCUCAAUAUAAAUGUUCACAUAGGAAUAAUAAAAUUGAUGAAAAAAAUCAACAAAUAUCGAACUUGCAAACUAAUACUAUAACUGAUUAUCCUUAUGUACUAUUGAAUGAUCAACAUACACGUGAUAUGACUGAUGUAUAUCGUCGUGAAAAAGAUUUUUUAAAACAACAAUAUAUAGUUAAUGACAGAGAAGAAAAUGUUAGAAAUGAAAUUAAAGAAUCGAAAUCAAAAUAUUAUCUUAAAGAAUAUUCUUAUAAUAUUCCUUGUAAUUGUGAAAGUUCGUUACCUGCAAAAAUAUGUCAACGUUUUAUCAACGGGAUCAAAAUAGGUACUGAAUUUUUUCUAUUUAUGACUUAUAUUAUUAGACGUCGUAAUGAACUUCUUGAAGAUCAUUAUCCAUUCGAUAGAUAUCAAUCACAUAAUUCCUAUGUAAAACAUCACUAUCCAUUCGUACGUCGUUCAACAUAUAGUAAUGAAAUGGAAAAAUUAAAUACUAUUCGUAAUCAAUUAAAGAAAAAACGUUUACCAAUCAAACAUACAACGACAAAUACGUAUUAUGAUAUUCAUUAG